UCAUGUCAGUCUUGUCCGGACGUUGAUAAACACAAGUCGCGUUUAGCUCGCAGUUCAGUAGUUCAAUUCAGAAGAGUUUUUCAAGUGCCUCAGGUAUAUCAAAUUUUGCUCCCGUGUCGCUGCGAAUAGCACUAGCAAGGUGAUUUGACAAGUGGUUUUUUGGCAGGAUCGCCAGUUGUGCAGAGGGCGAAUAUUGAUCCAUUAUCAAGGCACGUGGUUGGGUUUCGGUAUUUGGAAAGUUGAAUUAAUUCGAUAACGACUCAACAACAAUCGGUGAUUUGGACAAGGAAAGUGAUCCGAGGCCAAUUUGCAGUGCUUGUUGGAAAGUUGCCACCGAAUAAAAUUGCUUUCUCUCGGGCUGCGCCGUAAAGUAGCACAAAGGAAGAAAGCUCCCUGCCAAGGAAGACUAAUUUUUGUACAUGUUUGAAACGAACAAAUAUGGCUGCCACAGGAAAUGUUCGAGAAUAUGAAUGAAGCUCUCGUGUGAUGAUGUUUGCCAAUUUGCACUCUACUGCUGAUAAGCAACGGUACAGAAUCGUCUUAUCUUAUCAGUUUGAGAAAUGUGCAAAAUUAUAACAGCCGCCGCCGCCGCCACCUAGAACUGUGUGAUUAACAAUGUUUUUGUUUUGUAAAAUUGCUGAUGAAGACAAUUUACACUUAAGAAGGCGUGUGAUUACUGUGUAGUAUAUGGAUGAAGAAAAGUUAUUUUUAAAGUUUGAGCCAAAAGCAAACACGGAAAUAGAGUGACCUGUUAAAGAAAAGCGAAGAAGAAAAAAAAAAUCUCGACAAAUAUUUCAACUGAAUGAACAUACACACCAGCCAACAGAGAUUGAAUCGGGUCCUGAAUUGGGUAAAUAACAGUUCAGAUAGAAAACAACAUUCGAAAACAUCCACAACAACAUCAGCUGUACGGCGAAGAGGAAAAUAACAGACGAUAAUAGCAAAACAACAACCCGCAUCGCAUUCGCAAAAGCGCCCCACACACACCCUAAAAUUCUCGAAGGGGGCUUGUGUGUGACUGGUACCGUAUUUAUCCUCCGUCUGGCUAGAGUGGCUGUAUCAAUAAUCUCCUAGAAGAUCGAAAGCCCACGCUUGGGUGAAGCACCGUCGGAUAUGAGCGGCGUUGGGAACGCUCACAACAACAGUGGUGCCAACAUUGGAUACUCCUUCAUUCCGGAAUUCUACGAUCAGUCUGCUUUGAACAGCAUCAAUACUGUCAAAUUAGAAACCGCAUCACCUAGUCCGUCUCCGAGCACGACGUCAAUGAUGGAUGCGCUAAGUAAUAAUCCGAUCCUGACGACGGCGUCGGUUCCGAUACCGUCGAGAAAUGCCAACCAGCGAAUGAUGGAUCUCACCGAUUAUGCAUUCGAUAUCGAUCAGUCGCAAUCGCCACAGAUCUUGCAAGACAUCAGUUUCAUCACUUCGAAUUCCAGUUCAAAUUUGAACGCAUCUACACCGGUGGACGCGAUAUUCACAUUACAAAACAUCUCGGAGAGUGGAUUCGUCAGUGAUGGCAUUCAAAUUGGAACUAUCAACGUUAGUGGGUUUGGAAAUUCUGAGCUAUGGAGUACCGAUUCGUUUGGUCAGAUUAUUUCUCCAUCGUCAACGAUUUCAUCGGUUACCAAUCUUGGAGGACAGCAAGGACAAUUUCACAUGGAUGAAGAUGAUAUCUAUCAGUUGGACAAAGAUGAGCUUAUCAGCGAUCCCACUUUGGGAGACAUCUUUUCAACAGAUUUAUUGCAUGAAGAUUUGAUGUUACUUAACCCUCCAUUGAGCCAACAGUCAUCCAAUCUUAGCGGUGACAGUGGAAGUGGAAGUGCUUUACAGCUUUCCCCUAGCUUGCCGCAGCAAAUCCUGAGAACAAAUGUAACCACAAAUUCAAACAACAACAUGAUGAUGACCAUCGGUAACAACAUGCAAAUGUCCAAUGAU